AGAGCACUCUGAUUGGCUCCCGUAGAAAACGAUGCCAACUGUUUUGCCCCCCGACAUUAAAUAUAACUGUGGAGUGCCGCUGAGGAUUUGCGUGUAGUCGGUUGUUGCCCCCUUCCUUGUCUAACAACGCAAAGAAAAGGAAUCCCACAGAAAGCGAGAAGAUGUGUCGGUCCGUCCUAUUCGCCCUGCUUGGCCUGACAGCCGGACUCGUUAUUGGGUUUCCCACCCAGGAAGAGGAAAACAGUGGCGGAAAACACUGGGUGCUUAUUGUGGCUGGCUCCAACGGCUGGUACAACUACAGGCACCAGGCCGAUGCUUGCCAUGCCUACCAGAUUGUCCACAGGAAUGGCAUCCCCGACGAGCAGAUUGUGGUCAUGAUGUACGAUGAUUUGGCUGAAAAUGAACAGAAUCCUACCCCUGGGAUACUGAUCAAUAGACCAAAUGGCAGUGAUGUGUACAAGGGAGUUCCUAAAGACUACAUCGGGGAAGAUGUUACCCCAGAAAACUUCCUGGCAGUGUUGAAGGGUGAUGCCUCAAAAGUCAAAGGUGGCUCUGGAAAAGUGCUGAAGAGUGGACCCAAUGAUCAUGUGUUUGUUUACUUCACCGAUCACGGAGCACCUGGUAUUCUGGCAUUUCCCGCCGAUGAGCUCCAUGUUGAAGACCUUCAAGCAGCCAUUACAUACAUGCACGACAACAAGAAAUACAAAAAGAUGGUGUUCUACAUUGAAGCAUGUGAGUCCGGGUCAAUGAUGAACCACCUGCCUACUGACGUUGAUGUGUAUGCCACCACAGCAGCCAACGCUGAGGAGUCCUCUUAUGCCUGCUACUAUGAUGAGAAACGGGACACCUACCUGGGUGACUGGUACAGCGUGAAUUGGAUGGAGGACUCUGAUGUGGAGGAUCUGAGAAAAGAAACAUUGCUACAGCAGUUUAAGAUUGUGAAGAACCACACAGACACGAGCCACGUCCAGCAGUACGGAAACAAGACUUUGGCCCACAUGAAAGUUAUACAGUUUCAGGGUAAUCACAAGGCAGACAGUCCAGCUCCGAUGAACCUGCCACCAAUUACAAACCUGGAUCUGACCCCGAGCCCUGACGUUCCUCUGGCCAUCCUGAAGAGGAAAAUGAUGGCCUCCAAUGACAUCAGUGUGGCACGGGGCCUGCUCAUGGAGAUCAGUGCCCACCUCAAGCUCAGGGACAUGAUGGCCGACACAAUGCGCAAAGUGGUCGAGAGAGUCGUCGGCAAUACGUUCAAAGCCAAUGACAUGGUAAACAGCAGAGCUGACCUCUCCCAGCAUCAGUGCUACAAGGCGGCAGUGAAGCACUUCAAACACAACUGCUUCAACUGGAGCAAACCUGAGUACGAAUACGCACUCAGACAUCUGUAUGCGCUGGUGAACCUUUGUGAGGGAGGAUAUCCUGCAGAGAGCAUCCAGCAGGCAUCAAGUCUGCCACCUAACCCCGGUGAGAACGGCCCAACGGGGAGGUGGCUCCUUAACCCCGCCUCCUCCAUAAACCAGGAAGAUAACCUCACCGAAACCCGUCUUGGUAACGUCAAAACGUCGCUGUGUGCCGGAGAAAAGCAGUAG